CCUUUUUUUAUUAAGAUUGCUAGAGCUUUUGCUCAGAAAAAAAGAAAAGAAAAGAAAAGAAUGGUUAGAGCAGUGACAUGUAAGUCAUAAACUGUGUCGUUUAGUACUUUCAAACUACCCGACCUGAUCCAACUCAUUCGCUUGCAAACUAAAAAGAAAACGAAUCACCAUCACAGAACAAAGUACCGAGCUCAAAGCAUCAAUACUUUUUCAGAUGAGCGCAGGUGGUGCAUUCGGUGGAAAUAGAGGACUAAGACCUGUACCCCCAGAAAAAGGAAUCUUCCCUUUGGAUCAUAUGCAUGAAUGUGAUUUGGAGAAGAAAGAUUACCUUAAUUGUCUCAAAUCCUCUGGCCAUCAAUCUGAAAAAUGUAGACUUUUCUCCAAAAAGUACCUGGAAUGUCGCAUGGAAAAAAACUUGAUGGCAAGGCAAGACAUGUCAGAACUUGGGUUCAGAAAGGAGCCAGAUUUGGAAGCCUCUGGAGAGAGGAUUAAUUACUGAAGUCUUCUGGAAUUAAAGAUUGGAGAUUUGUCUAAUUGUUAGAGCCUUGCAAGUAGCGGCAUGGGUUAAUCUAGAUUUCCAUAUUCAUUUAAUAGGAGAGGAAUUACCGUUCAUUUUUAUCAUAGAUUACAACACUAACCAAGACUCUUUACGUGUAUUUUGACCUAUAGUUGUAUGGAUCUAUCCACUUGUACUUUUAUCUUCAAAUGCCAAACAUUUCUUGAA